AUGUCGAAGCUGGUGAGUAGAAGGCUUACAGCAGCAGAGAAGGUGGUGGUAGUGGGAGGACGACAAUGGCUGGAUGCACAUCGGGUGUCCUUGACCUCCUCGUCGGCGCUGGACGGGUACCACGGCGGCUCGAAUCAAGACGGCGACUUCAACGACGGCUCCUUGGACAACGCUUCCGGCUACGGAGACGGCUCCGAAACCAGGGACUUCCUGUCCCAGGCGCCGCCGUACGCCGGAUCUGGGGCCCACACCGGCUUCCGCAACAACUCCGGCGACGUCUUCGGCUAUGGCUUCGGCAGCAAGGCGCCCUCCCUUAGCCACCUGGGGUUCAGCGAGCUGGACCUCAACGCCAGCCAUUCGUGGCCGGGCUUGGCUCGUUACCAGGAGAUCCUCCAGUCCCCGGCUGAAGACGGCGGCAGCGGCAGCGCUCACGACCCCCCUCCCGUGCGCGUGCCAUCCCGCGCCGGCAGGGGUUCCCUCGGCCUCCGACCUCCUCGCCGCCGCGUGCCUCCCCUGGGGCCUCAUGGUGAUGAGGCAGGCGGCUCGGCUGGCGGUUCCAGGAGGCCCAGUGUGCGUCGCAGCCUAGUCCAGCCCACCGCCGCCGACGAGGACGUCCCUCCGACUAAUGUCCCGAGUACCCUUAGCAGGGCCCAGUGGAGUCCUCAAAACACCCGGACUUUCUGUCAGCUCUACGUUGACGAGAUUGACAAGGGGAACUGCCCUAGGGAUGGCUCCAUCAGUGCUUCAGCUGAAUGGUGGAAAACCAACGACAAGGACAACAAGCUUAAGGGUACACUGCCUGACUACAUGGACCUUUUAGAGCGCAUGUUCCUUGGCGUAGCAGUGACAGGGGAAACCGCUUAUGCUCCUAGCCGCAGGAAUGCGCCACUGUCUGUGAGCAGUGACGAUGACGAAGACGUCCAUACCCCUCAGAGCACUGGGAGCAAGAGAAGCUACAGCAGCCUCAGCACCCGCAGCACUGCUGCUAGUCCCAGCAAGAGGGGCAGGAGUCCAGCAGUGAGGAUGAACGAAGGCAUAAGGAACUUGACCGUCAGUCUGGACAACAGGACUGAAGCGCUGAAGGAGAUUUGGCAUGAGAGGAAUCAAGCUGUAGAGAAGAAGAAGAAUGACAAAAUGGACACCAUUGACCAAGUGAUACAGCUGGCUAAAGAGGCAGGGGCAACAGAGGAAAAUGAGAGGCAGUGGAUUGGUGUCCUCAUGAUCACCCAAAACGAAGCUGCUAUGAGAAUGUUUAUCAAGUCAGAAGCAAAAGGAAGGAUGGCCAUCAUUAAGCACUAUGCCGGGGGGGCUGCUCAACCUGCUGCUCCGGUCGUUGAUGAGGAUGACGAUGACGAUGAUGAUGAACAGUGGGAGGAGGACUUCUUCAGCUUAUUCUUUGAUGACAUCGAAGAAGAAACUGCAAUCGUAUAUGGUAUGUCCCAGUAUGCCAUGCACAUGCAAAAGUACUACAAUAGGGCAUACUAUAGGGUGCCAAAGAUGACUGGGCUGGACUGGGUAGAACAUAAACUAGCAAAUGAAACUGCCUGUUACAACAUGUUUAGAAUCACCCCAGAUAUGUUCUAUAGACUGCACAAGGUAUUGACUGAUGAGUAUGACCUCAAAGACACAAAAAAGUCCACCUCAACUGAGGCUUUAGGUAUGUUCCUUUGGAUGGUUGGUGCUCCACAAUCAUAUAGGCAAGCUGAUGAUAGAUUUGAGAGGUCACUAGCCACAGUCCACAACAUGUUCUAUAGAGUGCUGCCCUGUGUUGUUGCACUUGGGAAUGAUAUCAUUAAACCUGUGGACCCAGAAUUUAGUACAAUGCAUCCUAGGGGCAGCGUCCCCGCCGAAAAGCCUGCACGCUGCAGUGAGUGGCAUGCUUUUGCACAGAGGCCUCACGACAACCCUGCGGGCGCCCUUGGCCGGCGUGAGCGCUGCCGCCACCGGCCUUACCGGGGUGUCCGUCGCAAUGCGACGCUCUUGGUGCUCUCUGCCUCCUGCAAUCUCCGGCGGUCUUCACGCUUUUUUAGGCGCCGGCGGUCUACACCGCGGGGGCGGGAAGUACCUGAUAUUAGAACUUAA